AUGUUCACUGAAGGUUCCGGAUAUCUGGAUGACGGUGGUGAUGAUGAUGAUGAUAAUAAUGAUAAUGAUAAUGGCAAUGAAAACAAUAUUAAUAAUGGUGGUUACAAUGAUAUUAUAUCUUCUUAUAAGUCACAAAAUUCAUCUGAUUCUACAAAAAAAUCUUCUGAAACAUAUCAAGUUCAAUUGAACUCAGGAAGAUUACUUUCGACACAUUCUUCUCAACUAUUACCUUCUCGAGAUAUCAACUAUGCCUACAGACAAGAAUUACGUCGAAAAGGUGUGCAUGUUGAUAAUGAUGGUAAUUAUAACCAUCGUAAUAGUGAUAAUCAUCGUGCACUAUUUUUGUUCCUCAUAGCAUGCUUCAUAUUAUAA